CGCACUUGUUGUAUUUGUAUAUAUCCCCCAUGUCCGCUUGUCCAGAUGUUAGGCGAGGCUCUCUUCGUUCCUCCAGGUAAUGGCGCCCAUGAUUUCUAUGCGGCCGGGGCCGACCACGGUGCGCAAUGCUUCGAAAUGGAGAGCUCUUCGUGGCAAACAUAGCAUUCCGCCUUCGAUUCGCGUCUUGCACUCUCUGGAGUAUUCAGGGCCGCCGGCUCGCGAGUCACCCGUCCCGGUCGCGGGCCAAACUGCCCUCGGGCACCGCAGGGAAGCGAUCAAGCACGCGAAGCCCUUCUCCGAUUUCUUGACGGAUACGUUCAAUCGGCAGCAUGACUACUUGCGGAUAAGCAUUACAGAGCGCUGCAAUCUCCGGUGUCUGUACUGUAUGCCAGAGGAGGGAGUUCCACUGUCCCCUCCCGCCCACCUCCUCACCACGCCGGAAAUCUUCUACCUUUCCUCCCUCUUCGUCUCCCAAGGCGUGACCAAAAUCCGUCUGACGGGCGGGGAGCCCACCGUGCGCCGCGACAUCGUGCCCCUGAUGCAGUCCAUCGGCACCCUCCGUUCCAAAGGGCUUCGAGAACUCGCCCUGACCACGAACGGCAUUUCGCUACACAGGAAAUUGGAUAGCAUGGUAGAAGCAGGCUUGACGGGCAUCAAUCUUAGCCUGGAUACCCUGGACCCGUUUCAGUUCCAGAUCAUGACCAGACGGAACGGCUUCGAUGCCGUUAUGAAGUCCAUUGAUCGGAUUCUAGAAAUGAACAAAGUCGGUGCCAACCUGAGGCUCAAGAUCAAUUGCGUCGUGAUGCGCGGCCUCAAUGAGCGCGACAUGAUUCCUUUUGUCGAGCUGGGUCGCGAACAAGACAUCGAGGUACGCUUCAUCGAGUACAUGCCUUUCGAUGGGAACAAGUGGAGUCAGGGCAAGAUGAUAAGCUUCCAGGAAAUGUUAGAUAUCAUUAAGGCCAAGUACCCUGCUUUAAGGCGAGUCGCUGGCCAUAAGAACGAUACCAGCAAGACGUAUGAAGUGCCCGGCUUUGUGGGCAAAGUGGGCUUCAUCUCCAGCAUGACAAACGACUUCUGUGGAACAUGCAACCGGCUACGAAUCACAAGCGACGGCAAUUUGAAAGUCUGCCUGCACGGCAAUGCCGAGGUCUCUCUCCGCGAUCUGCUCCGCAAAGACAAUGGUGGUGAGCCCAUUGACCAAGAAGCCUUUGAGCGCAUCAAGCAGAUUGAAAUGGAUCGUCGAGACGGUUUCCUGGGCAAUGAGACUGUUCUCGGCUGGGGCGAACGAGAAAGAGAGCUGCUGGAAGUCAUUGGCGGCGCGGUCAAGCGCAAAGCAGAGAAACAUGCUGAUAUCGGCGACCUGGAGAACAUGAAGAACCGCCCGAUGAUAUUAAUUGGUGGGUGACCUCGACCUCGUUUUGUUUACUCUUUGCUUCUUGAUUCAUGGCGUGGAUGUCUUUGAUGAGAUCAUGGUGAAUGCGACAGCACGGAUGGCGCUCUGAGCGUUGUGUUUUUGAUCAGGACGCCGCUUGGAUGAUAGAAGACCACAGCCAGUCUCUAUAUACACCCAUUAU